ACCAUUCCCCACCAAGUGAAACAAGGAACUUAGUGUUUUAGUUCAUUAUUUUCUUUCCUUAGUUUAAUGCAGAGCUAAAACCCAAAUAAAUAAUCAAUUAGUAAAAUCAACUUCAAUUGCAGGCAUGUCUGUAAACACGCAGCGUGAGGAUUACAGACCGAGAGAAGAUUCGGUGCUUAUCGACAAUGAUAAUCCUAAUUACAAUACAAUAGCGUCUAGUGGGAGUUUGUCGGUGUCACGAGAAUGGGACCCAGAAAGCGGGGUCAUGUCGCCCGCAAGACGAACAUUCUGCCUGCUCACGACCUUUGACCUUAUUCUAACCUUUAUAUUAUGGGUCAUUUAUACUCAGCUUAUUGGGGUCACUCCAAUAUGGAAGGCAUUUGAUGACCAAGUGGGGAACUACACAUUCACCAAGUCACUGUUUGAUACAGUGAUGAUCGCUACGUCACGUUUUACCUUCAUCAUCUUAGCCUACGCAUUGUUCAGAAUUCGUCAUUGGUGGGUCAUUGCUAUAUCGACCUCCAUGACCUGUGUGUAUCUUCUAGUUAAAUGCUUUUUAUUUGAAUUUAAUGACAAGUUGUUAGGUGGUAGGAACCCGCUCAGCUAUGUGUUGUUGAUCGUGUGUUUCGUGCUGGCCUGGGUGGAAACUUGGAUGCUGGACUUCAAAGUUAUACCGGAGGAAACACAGAUUGUCAAAGCUUCCAGAGCCCAACGAAGAGCCCGACAACAUCAUUCUGAUCGAGAUCCACUUCUACAGAACGAGUACGAGCAAAGUACGGCCACCAUCGACACCCGGGAGUUCUAUACACCUGAAGGUUCCGAAGAUGAGGAAGAACAAGCCAACAACAACAGCCUGUCAGCAUCAUCAUCAUCGCACCACCACCGUCACAGUCACCACCACGGCCACAACCAUCACCACCAUAAGGGCAAGCAUGAACGCAAGGCAAGUGACUCGUCGUUGGGUUCGAUCAGUUCGCUGGGGUCAAACGCGUCUAUGUACAGCGUACGCAGCCUGGCCAGCCCUGAGUCGGAGAACUACCGGCAACUCCUGGAUACAGCCAAACAAGACAUGUUGGAGAUGUUUUACGAGGAUGACUGGAAACUGGAGACCGGGAAAAGUCUCGAAGAGGGAAUGGUCUACUGCAAGAACAUUAAAAAAUACGGACGAAAAUUAUUUAAACUUAAGGGCUUCAUUAAUAUGGCACCCCGAGAUCUCUGGGAGGACAUGGUGAAAACCCUCAACGAAUCCCCGGAGUGGAACCCAACCAUUCUAGAGAGUAGGUGCUUGCAAGAACUAGAUGAAAAUACGCAGAUUAUGUACAACAUAGCGACAGAGGCGGCAGGCGGGCUGGUAUCGGCGCGGGACUUUAUAAGCGUGAGGCAGUGGUCGAAAUUAGAUGAGCGACAUUUUGUAUCAAUAGGCAUGGGCUGUACACACCCAGAUAUGCCCGUUCAAAAGAAAUAUGUUAGAGGUGAGAAUGGGCCUGGUGGCUGGGUGUUUGAGGCUGUGGACGGGGAACCGGACAAAUGUCUCUUCACAUGGAUUGUUAACUCUAACCUUAAGGGUUGGCUACCUCAGGCUGCGAUAGACCAAGCGAUGAGCGGGGUAUUGACGACGUACUUUACUCUUCUACUUCAACAUUACGCCGACAUCAUAGAUCAUAGACGUACGCAACAAGCGUAGCAUGUGCCAAUUAUUAAAGCUUUAACUCUAGAAACUAGAGCAAUGCCUGUGAUAUUAACUUUGUAGUUCUGCACAAAUUAAUUAGGAAGAAAUGUUCAAAUUUGUUCAUUUCCAUUACCAUGCUUUGUAUUUUAGGCAAAAAAGUCAUUUAGGAAGUAUUAAAAUGUAUUCAUUUGAUUUGGCCUAAAAAAAGGUUUGUUUCUGGUCAUCCAGCUAAUCCUAUCUAUUUGCCACUGACUCAAAAAAAUAUUUGGCCCCAACCUAAAAAAUCCGAAAUUGUUCGUCCCAAAAAUAUGGCUACUUUACUUAUUUCACAUGUAGAUUUAUUUCAGCACCAAACGGUGCAUAAAUUCUUUGUUCCCUAUAACAAAGCAAGAAUGCCCUUUGAAAGUAAUUUAACAUGCUGUAUUAAAACAACAAAACAAAAAAAAACUUCCUACUGACCCAAAUCAUUUAGGGCAUGUGACCAGAAACAAAGCUGUUAUAUUUUUUUACGCCUUAAGACCCAGUCAAGUUUAACCACUGCCACCCCAGGUCCGGGGGGUAUAGCAGGGACUUUGACUUUCGGUCCAGCCAAGCCCGGGUAAAAAACCCGCCCUACGGGGAGGACUAACUGCUGGUAAAAUCCCUGCCAAAUGCCCCUGCACCCCUGGGAUAUCCUAGGUACGGCCCAUUCGCCGCUGUUUAUCGGCAUGAAAACAAAACCACCGCACUCACUCUGCACUGUGGGGCCACCUGAAAGGUAAAAACACCGCCUGUUUCCCUAUGCCAGGUAUAACCCCGGACCUGGGGGGGGGGGGGGGCGUGGUUGCAAUUGACUGGUACAUUACCAUGCCUUGUAUAUGAUAUACAUACAAAAGUAUGAUGGAAGUAUUGUUAUAAAAAUAGAUUUACCAUGAUAUUGUUUGUAAAAUAUUGUUUAUAUUGUUCAUUUAGGAACUUGUUUGUGUGGCAUAACUUAUUAUAAGUGUUCCAUUACAUUUCAUUGACCAAAUUAUAUUAUUUAUUUUUUCAUUGAUCAUGCUCUGCCAGGAAUAAUGUAGAACAAUCAGAUCAUUUAUUAUUGCCAUCCUAUUAAAUCAUGGACCAGUAUUUCUUUUUUGAUAUGAAAAUACUCAUGUCUGAUGUUACAUGAUGUUUUUAAUAUUGAUGUAUUUAUUACACAUAACAUUUUAAAGUUACUUACAUAUUGUCAGUGAUGUAUUUGAAAUGUUAAUGAUUUUCCUAAAAUAGAAUUAAAUAACAUUUCAUAUUUCUGAUGAGAGAAUGUUAAAAAUGGAAACGAUAAGUCUUCAAAAUUAUGCAUUAAAGAAAAUGGGGUUGUUUCAUUAAUAGAAAAAAAUAUUUGGGUUGUAUUGUAUAAAGAUAUUUUUUGGUAUGAUGAUAUUUAAUGACAAGAUAUGCUUUUAGUGGCUCAUAUAUAUAGUCAUAAUGCUUUGUGCAAUGUUAAUAUACCGUAUUGGGACCUUUCUCAAUGCGUACUUCAUCAAAAGAGUCGAUUAAAGGCGUAAAGAAAAUUCAUCGUACACAUUUGUUAAAAACCACAACCAAAUAUGAACAAAAAAUGCCACAUUCUAUCGUAUAUCUGUCUGUGGAGUAUGCAAAUGAUGAAUAGACAGAUGGAAGACUUGAUUAAGAAUUUUCUGUUCUAAGAAAUUCUGAAUUUGCUCAUCUGUGAUGUAUGUUCUAGUUCUAAAGUGUGAUAUUUAAAUAACUUAUGAUCAAAGAUCAUUGAAAAUUGGUGCAAAUGUAGGGUUUGUAUUUGAUACCCAGAUAUAUAGCUUGUGAUAUACCGACCAAUUUUGCGGUAUUAAUACCAGAAACAGGAGUAUUGUGAUCUUCACUGUUUAAUAUUUUGUUAAUUUUUUAACCAUAUUGUUCGUUAUAACAACCAGUGUGAAUGUCAACAAAACUGUGUUUAUAGAUUGAUGAAGAUAUAUUUUUGUCUUAACCCUGAUAUAACUGUUUUUUUAUUUAAAACUAAUUAUACGUUUUAAAUUGAGUAUUGUACUAAAUUAUGAUUCAAACAUAUGUCUUUAGUACAUGUUACUGAGGUUUCAACUAUGGAAAUCUGUCAUAAAAACUGUUUGUUUUAUUUUUCUGUGAAUGUUUAAGGCUUUUACAUUUUGAAAGAACAAGAAUUAUGGAAAUCAAUCAAAUAUGGAAAUAGUUUUAAUGUGUAAAGUAGAGGUGGUGCUUUGAGACCUGCUGACCUAUGACCUACGAUGUAAUUCCAGAAUUUGUAAUGGGGGCUUGACUCUCCUUGUUUUUCAAUGUCACUGUACAGAAAAUUCAAUAUCAUUGUUAUUUGAAUGUUUUUUUUAUAUGUACUGAGCAGGGCUUCUAAAAACCGGCAAAUUGCCAGUUGUAGAAAUUGUAAUACACAAACAUUUACGGGUCAUUCACACAUUCAAAACUACCUACCCCCAAUAGGUCAUAAAAGUGUCCUAGUUACCAUUAGACAGAUGCGACCAGCUGCUUUUUCCGCUACGCUGAACACUCUAAAGCCUAUCUGUUAAUUAGCAGACGCUUGCAAUCGGUCCAAUCACGUGUUUUGGUAUUGGCAGAAGACAAUUAAACAAACUAUGUGUUAAUUAUAUGCUUGCAGCUAUCCUGAUGAAGUGUUAAAAUCGGUCCAUAUUUUCACAUGGCAAUAUGAAUAUGCUAUGUCGUCGUCGAUCAUUACAUGAUAUAUCCGUUUGUUGAUUACCAAACUCUUAAAUUUAAAUUGUUCUUUUCAAUUGUAUCUAUAUCAUUGUUAAUCGGAACCUAGUCAUAUAUAGGAUAUGAACAGCGACACGCUCGAUUAACUACAUAGUCUUGAAGCUGAAUGAAAAAAUCGUUGUCGAUAUCACACUUAUAGCUUAAUUGAAGCCCCGAUUAUAAAUCUAGAUAUAUAUUAUUAUUAAAGAGUAUCAGUUGAAUGUUGACCCAUUGUAGAUGCAUUAAGCAAAUAAAACAUAAUACUGUUUCACUUUUUGUCGUCUGACCGCUUCCACUUUUUGUCGUCUGACCGCUUCCAGACAGCCACAGUUAUUUACGAUCUCAAUCGUUCUUAUUAGAAACGCCGCAGAACUCGAUGAGAAUCUCAUUUGAAUUAAGCUUGUAUCAAUGACUAUCUGAAUCGGCUAUGCGGCUCUAGAACCCUCUUAGGAAUUGUGAUAUCGUGAAAAAAUAUUGACAGAGAAGACGUUGCGAAAAUGUAUGACAUUUCUAAAUAAUCGGACUUUUUAACUUUUUUUAGGGGGGGGGGGGGGGGGGCGCCGGAUCCAGACCGAUUGAGGUUCCAAAACUUAAGAAGCCCUGGAACCGAGUACAUUUUGCAAGUUUUAAAUAAGUCUUAAGUAGAAAAUACUACAACAGUAUGUCUGUACUGUUGCUAUUUAAAGUUGUUUGUAUUUUGUUUGGAAUAUAUGCUGUUUUCUUGUUAUAUACCUUAAAUGUGUAAAGUCAUCCUUAUUUCUUAGUUCAUUUUUUGCAAUGCUGUCAUAGUUUUGAUUGAAUGUACAUAAAAUACUGGUUCAAAAUGUAAAAUGUUUUAAAGACCUUAUAUCUUGUUUUAACAUCUAUGUUUAAAAAAGGUUAAAUCUUGUGUUAACAUUAAUGUUUAAAGAUGGAAUACCUUGCUUUGACAUCAAUGUUUAGAGAUGGAAUACCUUUGUUUUAACAUCAAUGUUUAGAGAUGGAAUACCUUGUUUUAACAUCAAUGUUUAGAGAUGGAAUACCUUGUUUUAACAUUGAUGUUUAGAGAUGGAAUACCUUGUUUUAACACCAAUGUUUAGAGAUGGAAUACCUUGUUUUAACAUCGAUGUUAACAUAUGUUAUACCUCAUUCUAACAUUAUAGUGUUUAAAGAUGUUAUGUUACAUUUAACAUUAAUGUUUAGAUUUAACAUUAAUGUUUUAAGAUGUUACAUUUCAUUUUAACAUUAAUGUUAAGAUUUUAACAUUAUUGUUUUAAGAUGUUAUUUCUUGGUUUUCCAUUAAAGUGUAAAGAUGUUAUAUCUUGUUUUAACAUUAAUGUUAAAAUAUGUUAAAUCUUGUUUUAACAUUAAUGCUAAGCAUUCAGAGUCAUAGGUUGUAUGUUUUAGUAAAUUGUUUUAGUUUUUUUUACUCCUCACACAAAGAAUUGUGACUUACUUCUUAAACCGACCCAAGCAGGUACGGCUGUGUAGUAAAUAUGACAUCAGAAGGAGUAUGAUAUCAUUUAAGGAAUGAAUUGCGGGGUUGAUGUCAUUAUCGGGGUAUGAACGCAAUUGGGUUGGUCAAUGUGUACCCAAUUGCGUUCAUAUCCCCGACAUCAACCCCGCAAUUCAUUCCUUAUAUUUACACCAAUAGUUCAUUAUUUCUUUCAAGAAUUGUUUAAAAAAUACUUCAUUUCAUUUAAGAAAACCUUUCAGUUAUCCGUUCUUAUCCAUUCUGUAAAUAGAACGACCCGACUAUAACCGGAAACAUUUUUUCAAAUGACGUUACAAUAACGCGGGAAAAGAUCAACCACUUGAAAUCACUUUAAAACGUAAAAUUGAAACUUCUGGUACCAAUAUAUUUAAAAUGUAAUAAACUAACACUUUUAAAAAUGUUGAUCUAUAUUUUACGGGACCUGCAGAAACAAUACAACCAAUAACAAGAUCAAUAGCUUUCAUGUAUAUUGUUAUGCAAUGAAUUACGAUCCGAACAUAUUCGAAGAUGUUGCGUUCAUCGAUUGAUAAACGCAAUUGCCGAAAGGCGGUUCAUUUAAGGAAUGGUAGUUGAGGUGUAAAUAUAAUGUUUUGUGUGUAAAAAUAUAAUUGUUGCAUCAAUUGUGUGACUUUUUUAAGGUCACUUGUACUUUUAAGAUGCUUUACAUUUAUUUUAUUUUUAGUCAAACAUAUUUAAAAUGAGGCUGAAAACUUUGUAAAAAAUCCUAUAAAACCUAUUUUUGUUUGUCACGCUUUACUUGCUGGAUUUCUGAAAGCAUUUACAAAUUUAGUUAAGGUGUUAUACUUUAACAUAACAUGGAAUAAACGAUGUAUUAUUUCAAAACAUAUAAAUAAUUUUUAUCUAUGUUUGGCACAAAACAAUAUGAUUAAAAAGUGAAAAAAGCUUAUUUUAUAAUGUUAAAAAGAGGCAAACAUCUUUUUUAAACAGUAUGUGGAUCUUAUAACAUGUAUUUUUCUAAUUAAUUGAUUUAUGUGAAAAUGUUUAAUUACACAUAAAGAGGAAAUUUGUAAAGGUUAUUUAGAUUGUCUUCCAAUAAAUAUUAAAAACUGUGAAACUUAUACUUAUUUAUUUUUUGGCUUUCUUAGUGCGACCACUCUUUAUGGUUUUAGAAAAAAAUGUAUGUUCCUUUGGUAUUUUUAAUUUGGAAACAACAUAUUGUCUGUCUGUAAAUAUUUUGGAGAUUUGUGUAAGCAUUCUUCCAGUAACUUCCAGUUUAUUCAUUUCUCAUUUAUUGACAUACAUGUGCUUUAUAAUCAUCAGCAACCAAUGGUAUAUAACUGGUUAUUUCUUUGGUUUGACCAAAAUAUGAUUGGUCAAAAGUUAUCCAAUUAUUAUUAGUUAGCCAAUCAAAGUGCAAACAAGCCAAAAAAUAAUCUGUGGGUAACUUAUCCAGUUUUACACGGCUGCCUGCUGGCCCUAAUUCAUAAAACCAUUGUUUAACAGGAUGAAGAUAAGCUCCUUAUUUUUGUCUUCAGAAGAGAUUUCAGACAUUGAAAAGAAGUCAUGUUUUUGAUAAAUCGGGGCAUUUUGACAGUGAGAAUGCUGGUUUAAUUGAAUGCUUGUUUUAAAAAAAUGUGUAUAAUUGUGAGAUGAACCCUUUUUGCAAAAUGAUUAUUGUUUUGAUUAAUUUUUUGAUAAA